AUGGUUGAUUCUAGCUAUUACUUACCGACGGAGCUCGUAAUCGGCAUAUUGUUGAGGUUACCAGUCAAAACCCUAAUCCGAUGCACCUCCAUUUGCAAAUCAUGGUACGCAAUUAUCAGAAACGCUAAUUUCGUUGCUUCACAUUUCAAUUCCAAUGGUAAUUAUCGCCAAGAGUAUCAUGAUGAUGGCUAUCUUCUUUUUGGAGGCUCUAAUUUCUGCCAUAUAGUUUGUGAUAGAACUUUUAAAUUGAUGCACGCUAAUGAACCCCCUUUUGCUGUUAGACCUCAUCGUAGUUCAUCGUUAAACUUUGUCGGUUCCUGUAAUGGGUUGUUGUGUUUUGCACCACGAUUGGAGUAUAAUUUGGGGAAUGAUAUGUAUAUUUGGAAUCCAUCGAUCAGAACCCCAAAGAAGCUCCUGCCUUCACAAUUUUUCGAUGAGUUUACUGAUGAUCGUUGGAUAGUUUCUAGUCUGGGAUUUGGAUAUGGUGGUGGUAGGGAAGGCGAAUGUGGUGGUGAAGUAGAGAUGGCCAAAUGGGCCCGGCCCGGCCUGGCCCGUAACCACCGGGGGACCGGAACCGACCGGGACCGGUUGAGGGACCGCCGGUUAUGA